CCCGCCUGUUCGCGGCGGCGGCGGGCCCGGGCGGCGAGGCGCUGCUGCGGCGCUGCGCUGAGCUGGCCCUGGUGCGCUUGGCCCCGCUCCUGGCCGCCUGCGUGUGGCAGCGGCAGCCGUUCCGCCUGCGCUACGUGCCGGGCCGCGGCGAGAUCCCGGCGCACUUGGGCGGCACCGCGGUGUUCGGGGAUAACGUGGAGGAUGAGUGGUUCAUUGUGUAGCUGCUGCGGGAGAUCACCAGAGAGUUCCCGGGGCUGGCAGCCAGGUGACUUUCACUCGGUGUUUGUAUGCACAGCUGGUGCAGCAGCAGUUUGUUCCAGACAGACGCAGUGGAUACACCCUGCCCGCCCCAGCUCAUCCUCAGUACAGAGCCUGCGAGCUGGGCAUGAAGCUGGGAAUGAUUCCUGGGGCAUUUUGGCCUUGGCUCAUGCAUGUGCAGGGAAUGGGUCCUUGUCUGGAAGUUGCCUGCUUGUCCAGAGAAAUGUGAGCAAAGUCUGUCACGCCUUGAGAACCUCUUGUUGUUGCAUCUUUUGUCUGCAGGCUCAUGGCUUUGAAAUGUUGUGCUCCAAGAGCAGUAAAGUGGCUCCUGAUGCCAAGGGAAACGUGUUAAGGGGUCCCCUGUGGGAGAGAUUCCUCAGGAGCUUGAAGGAGAAGGAUUAUUUCAAGGGAGAAAUGGAAGGAUCAGCCAAGUACCUGGAGCUGUUGCACAUGGCAGAAGAUCACUUCCAGCAAUCUGUUGUAGUGCCAGAAAGCAGGAGCCUAAGGAAGCCCUCAGCAGCAGGAGAUUGGGAUAACUGCAAGGCUGGUUUCUGGAGCAGAGGGAGCCGGGUGUGCUCCUCAAAGCCAGACCUUCACCCACAGCAGCCGGAAGGCAGAAAAACAAAGACCCAACGAAGCCUUAGGUGGGGAACGGGGAAUCUGCUGCCUUCUUUCCAUCCCAGGAGCCUGUAUCAGUACCAGUACUCCCUGGCUGUCCAGCUGCAGCACACCUCCACACCAUCCCCGUGGGGAGCCCGGCUGCAGGCUGAGGCACUGAUCCGUCUGCAGCAGCUCUGGAGGGACCCAGGCGGGGAGGAGCUGCUCCAGCUGCAGAUCCAUGACCUGAAGGCCCAACACCAGCCAGAGGAGCAGAGGAGCCAGGACAGCACCGGAGGCUCCCCUGUAGAGAUUGCACUGAGCCCAGAGGCACAGGCAGAGCUCCAGCAGCCAGUGUUCAUCUCCUGGAGCAGUGGCAAGGUCAAAGCUUUCUACGGUAAUGAAGCAGAAAACAUCCUGAUCUCCAACCUGAAACGAGGCAUCACCAGUCUGUUCCAGCUUCAGCCCCAUGCCGGCACCACAGUGGAGGAAGAUGCCUCUGGAAGCUGCCAGGUCACCUACACCAUGUCCAACCAUUCCAUCACCAAGACCAAAGAUCUCCUCAGCUGCUCAAAGCCAAAGUCUGGAUUCACCUCCAUGAACAAAAUUUUUGGAGUGGAGUGGCAGCCCUCCAGCAGAAGCCAGUACGUGGUGAGGGACAGCCUGCUGCAGUCAGUCCUGGCAGAGGAAAGCCACGUGGUGGCUCCAGCCCUGAGAUCCCGCUCCGGCAUCAAAAUCAGCUCAAGGCAGCAGCUCCAGCUGGUGUCUCCUGCAGUGCCUGGGCUGGCAGAGGUGUCUGGACAGAGUCUUGAGGAUGUGCUGGCUGGCACGGGGGCACGGCCCCAGCCCCUGGGCAUGGCCAGCCUGCCCUUCAGGAGGGUCUGCACCCACUGCCCGUCGCUGAGAGCCUUCCUGAAGGCGUUUGACAGGCAGAGAGUCAGAACAGACACCUUGAGGGUGGCGACAGCCUGGCAGUUCCAGAGGUUCAUCCAGAUGCUGCGCAGUGCCAAGAAGAGGGAUGUGCUGCAGCUGCUGAGGAGAGCCCCCGAGGAGGCACGCCCCUUCCUGGUGGAGGCAGCAGUGGCCACACAUUCGGUGGCUUCCUUGGCAGUGCUCUCAGAGUUCCUGGAUUUCAGCCAGGAGCCCAAAUCCCUCCUGGAGAAGUUUCUCUGUGCAGCAGCUUUCUCUCCCCGGCCUUCAGGAGAGCUUCUCCAGCUCGUCCUGGACAAGCUGGAUGGGAAGCAGCUGGCACCUGAGAUCUGGGAGACAGGAAUAGUUGCUGUGGGCUCUCUGGUGGGCAAGCUGUGCCAGCAGAAGCUCUGUGGGCUGCAGGUGGUGGAGCGUGGGGUGGAAACCAUCCUCAGGGGGCUCAGAGGUGCCCAGGAGGAGCCCAGGGUGGUCAUUUCCCUGCUGGCCCUGGGCAAUGCAAGGCUCCCUGAGACCAUCCCCACCCUCCUGGAGCACGCUGAGGGCGGUCCCACGGCUGUCACCACCGCUGCCACCUCUGCCCUGCAGCGAUUCCCCGCUCCCCACAUCUCCAGCAAGGUGAAGCAAGUGAUGAGGAGGAUUUUCCACCAGAAGAGGAAGAGUUAUGACCAAACCUGUCACCUGGCAGCUGCAGAAAUCCUCCUGGAUAACCACCCCCUGCCCAUGGAUGUCAUCAACAUCCUGCUGGCCACCACUGAGAUGGAGACAGAGGUGGCCACGUUCCUGCUGCUGAAGGUGCAGAACUGCCUGCGUGACCACCACCACCUGGCAAGGAAGAUACUGAAAGACAUCAUGGGAGACCCACGGAUCAACAAUUACAACUUCUUCUCCAAAGUUGGCAUCUCCUCUUCUUUCUCAGCACCUCUGGCAGUCACCCAGGACCUGACCUCCACUUUUGGGCUGGACCUGCUGUUUUUGGAGGGUGGAUUCCUGAGGAAGAGCGUCUCCGACUUCUCCCUGCUCAGCCAUGGCCAGCGGCUCCGUGCAGCUCAGGUGACCUUUGAAGCACAAGGGAUGGAGUCGAUGAUGGGAGAAAACCUCUCGGAAGGAGAAGAGGAGCCAGAGCUCAUGGCUGGGAUGGCAGCCACCUUCUUUGACGUCCAGCUGCAGCCAAUUGUCUUCUUCCAGGGAUACACAGACCUGAUGGGCAAGGUCCUGCUGAGCAGUGCAGAGCCCACCAGUGUGGUCAGGGGGAACCUCCUGCUGAUGGACCAUCACCAGGUCAUUCCUCUGCAGUCUGGCCUCCAAGUGACCGUCAGACUCCAGGGUGGGCUGGGGCUGGACAUCUCAGCUGACAUGGACGUGAGCAUUUGGGAGCAGGAGCUGAAAACCAGCGUCAAUGCCAGGGGAAGCCUUGCCAUGGAUUUCCAGGCAGAACUGGAUUCCCCUUUGCUCCAAGCCACCCUGAGGAGCCAGACAGAGGUGGAGACCUCCAUCCACUUUGACACCAAGCUGAGGUUUUCCAGCAGCCCCGUGCUCAUGUGCCUGCAGCUGAGAGAGGAACAGGUCCCAUACAGGGAAGUGCUCUCAGUGUCCCAGUCUGCCGGGAGCCGGAGCAGCACCGCUCGGAGGGGCCGGCGCGGCGCCAUGCCUAGGAGGGAAUUUGCCCUGCACCAAACCAACUCCAGGGUCUGCAACCUCCUGCUGCCUGCAGAAAAGGAAUAG